AUGACUUUAGAGGCAUUCAUUGCUGCUCUAAAGCGAUUCAUCAGUGCAUCUAAAAUACUGAAAGAGGACUGCAACUGGACUACAUAUAAAAUAUCCCCUCAUCUAACCAAUGACAUAAGUUGGCAUUUCAACACUCCGCCAAAGCCUCACAUGGGUGCCAUCUGGGAAGCAGGUGUCAAAUCCAUGAAAUACCAUUUACACCGCAUUCUGGGACAUACCAUACUUUCUUAUGAAGAGUUUUACACGCUUCUAGUGCGAAUUGAAGCGUGCUUGAACUCAAGAACCAUUACACCAAUUUCAAGUGAGUCCAACGAUUUAGCUCCUUUAACUCCUGGGCAUUUUCUAACAGAACAAUCCUUAACAUCAGUGCCAGUGAGGGAUUAUACACCUCUUCCUGACAACAGUCUAUCUAGAUGGAAUUUAUUAAAAUAA